AGUGGUUGUGCAGGGACAAACGCUUGAUUAGGACAGCCUUACAGCAAAGUAGGAAGAACAUAUACAACUAUUUGCUUUUGUUUUGCACCAUAUUGAAGAAGGAAAGCAAAAUGGAGUCGUAGUUGAUGAGGAGAGUCAACUGGAUAAAAAAAGGGGGUAGUGCAACUGAUUAAGUGCAGGUGGUGCAAAGUGCAAGGACUGGCGUAAGGAUCCGGGUUCAAACCCCCAGCUCCCCACCUGCAGGGGGGUCGCUUCACAGAGAAGGAGAUGUAGAGGGGAGGGAGAGAUGCCCUGACACAGAACUUUCCCUGGUGCCAUUAUAACUUUCUGUGUGAUGCUGGGGCUAGAAGCCAGGCUGCUGUGGCUCCGAGCUGCACUCAGCCUCAGGGUUCCUGCCUUGUCCAGUGAUGACUCUCGGAGUUCUUCUGCUCACAGCACUGGCCCUGUGUCAUGGCUUCAACCUGGACACAGAAAACCCAGUGAUCUUCCGAGAAAACGCCAGGGGCUUCGGGCAGAGCGUGGUCCAGUUUGAGGGGUCCAGGCUGGUGGUCGGAGCCCCUCUAGAGGUACCCAGCACCAACCAGACGGGCAGCCUGUACCAGUGUGACUACAGCUCAGGAGCCUGCCAGCCCAUCCAGCUGCAAAUCCCCCCAGAGGCUGUGAACAUGUCCUUGGGCAUGUCCCUGGCUGUCACCACCAGCCCUCCUCAGCUGUUGGCCUGUGGGCCCACUGUGCAGCAGACGUGCAAGGAGAACUCGUACGUGAACGGCUUCUGCUUCCUGUUUGGGACCGACUUGUCCCAACAACCCCAAAGGUUCCCACAGACCCUCAGAGAGUGCCCCAGGCAGGACAGCGACAUUGCCUUCCUGAUUGAUGGUUCUGGAAGCAUCCUCUCCCUAGACUUCCAGCGGAUGAAGAACUUCGUCUCCACUGUGAUGAGCCAAUUCAAAAAGUCCCAAACCUUGUUCUCUCUGAUGCAGUACUCCGAUGAGUUCCGCACGCACUUCACCUUUGAAGAUUUCAGACGUAAUCCCAACCCUGAGUCGCUGGUGCUCCCCAUUCGACAGCUGCUGGGGAAGACGCACACGGCUACGGGAAUCCGCAAAGUGGUGAGGGAGUUAUUUGACAGCCGCAGUGGUGCACGGGAGAAUGUCUUUAAGAUCCUGGUUGUCAUCACAGAUGGAGAGAAGUUUGGCGACCCCUUGGAGUAUGAGGAUGUUAUUCCCGAGGCCGAUCAGGAGAAAGUUAUCCGCUACGUCAUUGGGGUGGGAGCUGCCUUCUCCAAUGAAAAGUCCCGUCAGGAGCUCAACACUAUCGCCAGCAAGCCGCCUCGGGACUACGUGUUUAGGGUGAACAACUUUGAAGCUCUGAAGACCAUUCAAAACCAGUUGCAGGAGAAGAUCUUUGCCAUUGAAGGUACCCGGUCAGGAAGUACCAGCUCCUUUGAGUUCGAGAUGUCGCAGGAAGGUUUUAGCGCUGCCAUCACCUCUAAUGGUCCUCUGCUAGGCGCUGUGGGGAGCUUUGACUGGGCUGGUGGAGCCUUUCUGCGCAAGUCCAAGGAUGCAUUCACCUUCAUUAACAUGACAAGGGUAGAUUCAACCAUGAAUGAUGCUUACUUGGGUUAUGCUGCUGAAGUUGUCUGGCGGAGUCGGGUACAGUACCUGGUCCUGGGGGCGCCUCGAUACCAGCACACCGGCAUGGUGGUGAUGUUCAAGCCGGGUGGCCUGGCCUGGGAGACCAGCUCAGUCAUCCAGGGCAGCCAGAUCGGCUCCUACUUCGGGGCGUCCCUUUGCUCGGUGGACGUGGACAGAGACGGCAGCUCGGACCUGGUGCUCAUCGGGGCUCCCCACUACUACGAGCAGACGCGGGGGGGUCAGGUGUCCCUGUGCCCCUUGCCCAAGGGGAGGGCCCGCUGGCACUGUGAGGGCGCCGUGCUGCGCGGGGUGCAGGGCCACCCCUGGGCGCGCUUUGGGGCGGCCCUGACGGUGCUGGGGGACGUGAACGGGGACAAGCUGGCGGAUGUGGCCGUGGGAGCCCCUGGAGAGCAGGAGAACCGAGGUGCCGUGUACCUGUUUCAUGGGACGUCGGGCCAGGGCAUCAGCCCCACCCACAGCCAGCGCAUCGAGGGCUCCCAGCUGUCCUCUGGGCUCCAGUAUUUUGGGCAGUCGCUGAGUGGGGGUCAGGACCUCACAAUGGAUGGCCUGAGGGACUUGGCUGUGGGGGCCCAGGGCCAGGUGCUGCUGGUCAGGUCCCAGCCAGUGCUGAGAGUUGAGGCAACCAUGGAGUUCACCCCCAGGGAAGUAGCAAGGAGUGUAUUUGAGUGUCGUGAUCAGGCGGCAAGAAGUAAGGCCGCCGGAGAGGUCAGAGUCUGCCUCAGAAUCCGAAAAAACACUGUGGACCGGCUGAGAGAAGGUGAGAUCCUGAGCUCCGUCACCUAUGACUUGGCCUUGGACCCAAACCGCCCUUAUCCUAGGGCCGUCUUUGAGCAGACGCAGAACAGCACCCUCAGGCAGACUCACACCCUGGGCCUGGACCAGAGAUGCCAGACCGUCAAACUCCAGUUACCAAACUGUGUGGAAGACUCCGUGACGCCCAUCAUCCUGCGCCUCAAUUUUUCCUUGGUGGGGAGGCCCAUGUCUUUAUACCGGAAUCUCCGGCCGGUGCUGGCCAAGGAUGCCCUGCAGCUCUUCACGGCCUCAUUUCCCUUUGAGAAGAACUGUGGCAGUGACACCAUCUGCCAGGACGACCUCAGCGUCACCUUCAGCUUUAUGAGCCUGGACACUCUGGUGGUGGGUGGCCCCCGGGAUCUCAAUGUGACAGUGACCGUGAGAAACCAGGGCGAGGACUCCUAUAGGACUCAGGUCUCCUUCUUCUACCCACCCGGCUUGUCCUACCGGACCGUGUCAGCGCCCAAGAACCCGCGCUCACAGCGUGCCUGGCGUCUCACCUGCGAGUCAGGCAUGUCCUCUCUCUCCUCGGGAGAACCUGGCGCCCUGAAGAGCAGCAGUUGUAACAUCAACCACCCCAUCUUCCCCGACGACUCAGAGAUCACCUUCAAUGUCACCUUUGACGUGGACUCUGCUGCGUCCCUUGGCAAGAGCUUCCUCCUCAAGGCCAAUGUGACCAGUGAGAACAACAUGCCCAGUACCAACAAAACUGAGUUCCAGCUGACCCUGCCUGUGAAAUAUGCUGUCUACAUGGUGGUCACCAGCCAGGAGCUGUCCACAAAGUACUUCAACUUCACAGCUUCAGAGAAGAGCAACCAGACCAUCUUGCAUCAGUAUGAGUUCCACAACCUGGGCCAGAGGAGCCUCCCGGUCAGUGUGGUCUUCUGGGUUCCCAUCGAGCUGUUUCCCAACGCUGUGUGGGACCACCCUCAAGUCACCUUCUCCCCGAACAUGGCUGCCAGGUGCCGUGAGGAGCGCAAGCUGCCCCAGUACGCAGAUGCCAUGGCCAGGCUCAGCAAGACCCCUGUGCUGAACUGCUCCAUCGCCAUCUGCCAGAGGAUCCAGUGUGACAUCCCGGCCUUCGGUGUCCAGGAGAAGUUCAAUGCCACCCUCAACGGCACCCUCUUGUUCGACUGGUACAUCCAGACCCCGCACAACCACCUUCUGCUCACGAGCAUGGCAGAGAUCCAGUUUGACGAGUCAGUGUUCGCUCUGCUUCCAGGACAGGAGGCGUUUGUGAGGGCCCAGACAGAGACCAAAGUGGAGCGGUAUGAAGUGCACAACCCCGUGCCUCUCAUUGUGGGCAGCUCGGUGGGCGGCCUGGUGCUCCUGGCUCUCAUCACCGCUGGACUGUACAAGCUCGGCUUCUUCAAGCGGCAGUACAAGGACAUGAUGAACGAGGCUGGACCCGAAUCAGCGCCGCCGCCCCAGUGAAGGCGCCUCCCCCCUGCGGCCUCCUGGGACUGCAGACAGGCCCGCAGCACCAGGCCUGCGGGUCGC